CCAAGCGAUGCACUCUACGGAUUUUCUACACCGCCACCGUGCGCAAAGAAUCUACCUUUUCUGCCCUGUUCCUUCUCGUGUAAGAAAGGAAGAAAGAAGUUAAUGGUAAAGGCACUGCUUCUGGUCUCAGAGAGAGAGAGAAGCAGCAGAAUUAAUCAAUCUAGAAAGAAUGGCGCUGCAGUGGAUGAUCCUGUCGUGGGUGGUUGCGGCGGAGGCGGCGGUGGCGUUGCUGGUGACCCUCCCGGCCCCGAGGCUCCUAAAGUCUCGGAUUGUCGCCCUCGCCUCCCUUCUCCUUCAGCCCCUCACCGGCGUCCUCCCCUUCGCCGCCUUCCAGCUCUUGGAUCUACACUGGAAGAACGAGCACCGGCUGAUUUGCGCCGGCGACGUCUGCACCACGGACGAGAGGAUCCGAUACGAGAAAUCUAUCUUCAAAGCACAAAGGAAUGUUAUUCUGUGUGUAUUGGCAUGUCUCCUUUAUUGGUGUAUAUACCAUAUUUGCAAAUAUAAUAAGGAGAUAAAGGAAUUGGAAGAAGUUGAGAAGCGUGUCAAAGAGCAGUAGCUUUUAUAAUCCAGAUCAAUAACUGCUAAGCUAUGAAGAGCAGGUGAAACUGGCGUUGUACUGAUUUGAAUGUCAUUGAUCAAUAAACCUUGGCUGUUAAAAUAAUGGUGAUUGUAUGUGUAUAUAUCCAGGGAUGAUUAGAGCUAGCAGUACGUUAUACGCCCGUUUUAUGGGACACCUAAAUCUGAAAAGCAGAUCGGACGAUUUUGCCAUGUGGAUCUCUUUUUUUCCCCUUCUCUCAUUUGAAGUAAUGGUAAUGUAACUCAAGGCAAGGAUGUCCCUUGAGAAUGUGGCUAUUCUGUAUUGGCCAAUACCUACAGAUUUGGAAUUCCAAUCAGCAUUUACUUUUUCAUUUCUUAAUUUUCUGCAGGAAACAACAUAUAUUGUGUCCUUUUCUAUAACUCGAGCUAAUUUCUUGAGCCUUGUUUUGCA